AUUAAGCCAUUGCGAUAGCACGAUCGACGAUGGUAUUUUUAUAAAAAGACCGAGUUAAAGUCAUUAAACAGAAAUAAUAACAUAAAAUUUGAUAUCCUUGAAAAAGCUAUUGAGUGAAGUGAUACAAUAAAACCUUUCAUAUAGUAUGUUUGUGUUUGAAUGAUCAAGAUGUGGGACUUGCCAUACUUGUCUUGUUUAGUUUUGUAUAUAUUUUCAUUUCAAGUUAUUGUUAUAAAUUCUCGCACCUCUAAUAUUUGGAAAUUGAAUUUAGAAGAAGACCUUAUUGUAGAUGGCAAAACUUUGUCUCAAGAUGACACAGAAAAACCAUUAAGUGAGGAAGACACCGUAUUCAAUAUAAUAACAUCUACAGUUUACUACGGGAAUACAUGGACGAAACAUGGAUUUGAUAUGUUUUGCACAGAUUGUCAGAUUUAUGAACAACAGAGAGCUGGCAGUGAAACUAGUGAAGAUACACCGCCAUCAGAAACAAAUGGGCACUCAGAUGAUGAAUAUUUAGAUUGUGGCAAAGCAGUAAACUUCACUUACUAUGAUAACUUAGUUGGAGUUGCUAGACGACACAGACACCCUAAUGUACCUGAACCACAGGUUGCAUUGAUAUUCACAAAAAAGAAAAAUGGAGUCACUGAAUUUGAUAUAAAUUCUUUAGAGAAACGUCUGAAGAAGGCAAAAAGAGAAAAACCCAAAUCAGUACAGUUAUACAAUCAGAUUGGCAACUUUUGGAGAAUCAAAGGAGACACUCGACAAUCAAUAGAGUGUUUCCGGCGAGCACUAGCAGUGGCACCUUACAAUGCUGAAGUGCUACUGAAUCUGGCGCGAGUCCUGUUCACGCUGCAGUACUUGGACGACGCCAUCUACCUGACGCGCCGAUCGCUCGAGGUGCAGCCCCCGGACCGUAGCGCAUGGCAACAGUACUUCACGCUCGGCGAGAUAUUCAAAGCGUACGGACAUUAUCAGGAAGCAGCGCUUCACCUGAGACACGCGCUGGCUCUGAAGCCGGACUUCGAGCCAGCGCUCGCUGCACUCAAAGAUAUCGAGAAUAUACCGGAGGCUUCGGUUCACGUGUACACAUUACUCAUCAUAAUUUGUUUGGUAAUGGGUGUACUGCUAGUGAUAUUGUCGUCGGUGGACAGCGGCACCGACACGGAGGAGCCCAAGACGCAGAGACACUUCAACCGAGCGAUGGCGAUGCGAUCUCUCCGGGGCGUCGCCUUCUCCGGCUCGAGACGGAAGAAAGGCGGAUCCUAAAAUACAGUACCGAACAAAGCCCCUUAACUCGAACGAACUGUUUGAUUCAAACCUCACGUAUUUGAUGAAGUUCUUUAAAUCGAUGCCUCCAAUGAACACUAACUCUAAAUUCGUAGGUUUACAGGAGGAGAGUUUAAACGAAAAA